AUGUCAGAUAAUGGAGACGUCUUGGGACAUUUCAAUCAAUCUUCCCCACACGAAUGGUCGAUCCCUACCCAUCACAAGUUUCCGCUCAAGAAAAUCCCCGAGCCAUUACAAAUCGACUCCAUACCUCCCUAUGAAAGCAGUUCUGAUCAAGCCGAGUUGGAGGCACAAACGCCGACGGCCCACAAACCCACACUUAAGGGCGUGGGGAAAUCGGAUUGUGAAGUCAAGAUCGUGAGCAUCUCCGAAUGCGAGAGCGAGAUCCCACCCGAAGCCUUCGCCGAUAAGAACAGUCUCUGGACAAGCGAUGCCAUGCAGGAUAUCUUCGCCAAUGCGCGCACACUCACACCAACGAAUGGGGACUCGUAUUCCGUCUUGGGCUCUCGCGCAGCUCAGGCCCGAAAAGCACAUCGAAGACCCUUCCUUGCGCGGAGAGGAAACUCGUCGGCGCCCCGUCUGGCUCGUCAGCCUACACGUCCAACAGGACCCAGCAAAUAUGUCAGUGGGGCAACGAUCCGUCGCCUGACGUCCGACAAAUGGGCAGUCCGAAAACAAGCCUUCAGUGGUGGAAAGCAAGACGGGUCCAGACUGCUCAAGCAGAUCCAGAAACAGCUCAUCUUCUCUGCAACCUGUCGGACAAGCCAUAUGAAUGCCACAAUUAGUACUCCGGAAAUAUACGGACUCAAAGUGCCUCGGGCGGGUGAGGAGUCAAAUAUAAUUGUGGACAUGGAGUACAUACCCUUCCACGAUGUUGCUUUUAUCAUGCUGGAGCAAGACAAGGCCGUCAACGAGUGGCUGAUCAAUGCAGCAAUUUCUGUCGUCGACUAUGAACUAACGAAUAGCUCAAGCGUUCCGCUGAAGGAGGUUAUGCCAGAGUUUCACAAGAAGGCCGACAGCAUUAAGAAAGCUAUGACAAAGUCGCAUUUGCUGUCCGAGGAGGAAAUAAAGAACACCAGCGAGCAGAUCGAUGCUCUUCUCCAGCACUACGACGGGUUACCAGAUCUGCAUAUACCCGUAGGGACGUGUCACGGGGAUCUGACUUUGCAGAACAUGCUUGUAGAUCCCAUUAAUCGCGAGCUUUGCGUUUUUGAUUUCUUAGAUUGCUUUGUUGAAUCGCCGUUGCAAGAUCUCGCCAAGCUGCUGCAAGAUGUGCGCCAUCAAUGGUUCUUUACACAGGUCGAGAUACCUGACGGAAAAGAGGCUCGAGCUGUAGCCACCCUGGCUUUCUUUUAUGACAAAAUCCGCUCAGACUAUGAAUUUUACGAAUUUUGGGAAGCCUUGGCGCUCUUCGAGUUCAUGUGCCUCGCACGCAUCCUACCAUACAUGACCAAUGACAGAGAAAAGCAUUGUAUUCUCCACGGUCUGCAGAGAAUUGGCGAAGAUCUGAAAUCUUUGAACACACCAUUAGUGGAAAGUUCCAGUGAUAGCUAUGAUUCCGAGCCAGAAAAUUUCGACGCGAUACCAAAUGAUAAGACCACGGUCAUUGUCCCUGCUCUGGGCCCUGACUUGGCCCAAGUGUUUUUUGACGGCCAGACCAAGCUUCUGACGGUCAAUCCCAACGGUCGGCCACUAAUAGUGGACUGCGUCUCGAGUCUCGGAACCGACAAAGUCUCUCGCAUAAUCAUCGCAGUACCAAAGUCACUAAUACUACAACACUGCGAUAGCCCCGCCGCAUUUGAGAAGCUUUUUGACGCUUUAGGACCCGACAAACGCAGCAAACUUGAGUUCUUCUAUUCCGAGCAAAAGACAAGAGAUGUCAUCGACACCGUGACUGCAGUAGUACAAGAACGCAACGUCUCCGGCUCGAUCUUCGUCAAAGAUGCCAACAAUAACUUCGCCCACUCUGUCGACGCAGGAAACUACACCGCCUUCCUCUCCAUCGUCAAAGAAGAAAACCCAAUCCGCAGCUCCAACCCUCGUUCUCACCACCGCUCCUACUCGAAGGGCGACCUCCGCCCACUCCAAAAGCGCGAUCUCCGCCCGGACCUCAUUGACGCGACGAAGAAAUCCUACGUCUCCUUCUCCUACGAUAACAUCGUCUCCAACAUCUCCCACGCCUCCUUCGUGUCCUCCCAAUUCUGCUGCGGCGGCUACGGAUUCCUAUCUGCCUCCGACUUCCUAGCAUCUGCAGAGAGACUGCGCACCGCGCUGCAAGCGGCCGACAUCGAACUCUCGCCCGGGAAAAGCGGGCUCAAAAUCAUCGACGUGAUCUGGGAGAUGAUCUGCCAGGGGCAUCUGUUCUUCGGCGCCAAAGUAUCCGAAUACGACGACUGGGGCUCCCUCGCCGCCUGGACGGCCUACAAAGGCACCUACACCACCCACUGGGUCGACAUGGCGCACCUGGAGCGUGUCCUCCAACGUCCGGAUCCGAGCGCCGGCUUGCAGGACAUCCUCGACAACCCGAGGAGGAGCAUCAUCUUCUACACGAGCAAGGGCGAGGCGCACGUGGGUCAGGUGAGGGAAACGGUGGAGCGGGUCGGGGGCGGCGCGACGGGGAAGAGGCUGCAGAUGCUGCAUAGUAUCGUCAGUCCGCAUUUGAUGGGCGUGGAGAGCGAUUUGAGGGAUUUGGGUCUUUGA